CUUUAUACCUGUCUGUUCGAAAUUCAGUAGGAAGUCGAUUCACUGGAUAUUUAUUUGUGAAAAGGUACAGUAAGCGCCAGGUGAGUCGAGAUGAGUGACACCUCGGAAGAUUACAGUGAGAUCACCUUUCAGGCAAAGUUUUUAGGUCGAGUUGAGGUGAUUCGCCCUAAUGGACUACAGAUCCUGAAUGAAGCAGCCCAGAGCAUCGAGGCGCCAGAUAAAUUCUCAUCAGAAAAAGCAGCUAAGAAGAGCAAAAUUCAUCUCUUCGUGUCCAGAAAUGGGAUAGACAUUUUGGAAAACAAAACCAAGUUUCUGCUGUACACGUGCCCCCUCUCUUCUAUUUCCUUCUGUGCCGUCCUGCCGUCCUCGCCUAAAGUUUUUGGUUUUGUGGCCAGACACCCUGCAGCCGACACGUACCACUGUUAUCUGUUCCAGAGCAAGAAGUUUUCUCAUGUGCUGGUCUCAAUUAUUGGGGAUGCCUUUCAAGCCUCGAAAAAGGAGGAUAGCAUCAAAGGAGGACGAGACCUGAUAGUAGAGGCACUCAGACACAAGAAUAAAAUGCUGCAAAGAGAAAAUUCUGAGCUGAAGAGGAUGUGUGCAGAAAAAUCUGACUAAUCAAAAAACCCUAGUUGUAUUUUUCCUCUUUUCUCUUUUUAUUGACAUUUGUAGCUUUGCAUAAACUGGAUAAAGAGACAUUACCUUUGAAUGUCUGUCUUCGUGAAAAACUAAUUGAAUAGCACUGCUUGAACUAACAUACCAUAACUAACAGAAACCGGGAAUAUUACUCUACUUUUACUUUUGCUAUAGUUUUAGUGACAACGACAAACAGUUAAAUAAUUAUUGCA